AUGGAUUUACAAAACUCUAACGGGUUGCCUGGGUCAGACAAGCAGAAGCCCAGUCUGAUAGACCUGGGAACGUUUUUCGUGGACACUGACAUCAUUUUUGGAUUUACUAGCCAUCUUUUAAAACGAAAAGCCAAGGUUGGAGGCUGUUCGAGCGGAGAGUCUGCAUUCUCACCUAAGUUGAGUCCAAGAAAGAGACUGUCAGCGGAGGAGGAAAGGUGCGCCAGUAGACCACCACCUGAAGGCGCAGGAGCGGUGAGCGUCUCUGAAUCAGAGAGGGAUGAGUCGAAGGCAGAUCUGUGCAAGCAAUGUCAGAUGACUGUCGCUGAACUAAGGAGGCAAGCCCUCGCUUUAGCCGACCCCACGUCCUUAAAGGACCCUGGAUUUGCUUCCUUCAUCAUAGACCAGCUGCAGGUGCCUGAUUGGCCGGUAAAAGGUGGGCAUGAAGGAACAAGGUGCCAGGUGUGUGCCACACCUACACAACAGCUGAGAAAGCAGACACUCCAGACCCUCCAAGAACUGUACCCGUGUUCCGACAUGCCAUCCCUUCCCCCCAGCACCUUCCCUGAGCAUCCCACAAGGUUGACCACUCAUAGUGUGGUCACUCUUUCCUCUAGAUCUGCCAAAUCCAGGAUACCUCAUCCUGCACACAGUGUCCUGCCUGUAGAGGAGAGGCGGCGUGAGCUGGGCUGGACUCAGAACCCAUCAUCAAGUGCUUCUGCACUGAAGCCCAGUGUGCAGGUGACCAUGAGUGGAAGACCUUUGACGGGUGCCAUCAGCUCAGUCACCAUUCAGGCCCAGCAGUACCUGGAGGGCAUGUGGAGCAUCUCACGUGUCAACAACUUCCUGCCUCAGCCAAGCCCGACACAAGGUGUCACGGGUCAAUCAGAUCAGAAUGACUGGCCCUCAGACAACGCCGUCUCCAGAGUGUCCUUGACUCCCGCCAGACAAAGAAGUCCCAUUCAGUUUGGUCAGACCAUGCCCCUUUCCCAGAACCAGCCAACCUCAGCUGCGGCAUCCUUCUUCAUCAGGGCUGCUGAGAAGCUGAAUCUGUCGUCCAAAAGGAAGAAGCAGCAGCCACCACUGGUGUACCCCCAGGAACCUUCCAUCUACCCUACUAACUUUAGUGCUGUCCUCCAGUUCUCCCCUCCACCUGCUCCACCAUGUCUGCUCAGGGCGGGGUCAAAGGCCAAGGAGAACCCUGGCAUUGGCAAGGUCAAAGUGAUGAUGCGGAUCUGUCCAUCUAUGGAGGUUCUGGAUUCAUCUGAAUCCAUGUCCUUCUUGAAGGUGGACACUCGUAAGAAACAGCUGACCCUCUACGAUCCCUCCCUCAACACACAGCCCACCUCAGUGCACAGACGAGCAGCACUGCCCGCCCCAAAGAUGUUUACCUUCGACGCAGUUUUUGCCCAAGAUACCUCUCAAGCUGAAGUUUGCUCAGGGACAGUGGCUGAAGUUAUUCAAUCAGUGGCAAACGGGGCAGAUGGGUGUAUUUUCUGCUUCGGUCAUGUCAAAGUCGGAAAGACAUGCACCAUGAUUGGCACAGACAGUUCCACGCAGAGCCUUGGCAUUGCUCCCUGUGCCAUCUCCUGGCUGUUCAAGCUCAUCAACGAGCGUAAGGAGAAGACUGGCACGCGCUUCUCGGUACGGGUGUCAGCUGUGGAAAUCUACGGCAAAGACGAGAGUCUUCAGGACCUGCUGUCUGACGUCCCCACAGGCAGUCUGCAGGACGGUCAGUCACCUGGUGUCUACCUGCGCGAAGACCCCAUCUGUGGUACACAGCUCCAGAACCAGAGUGAGUUGCGGGCACCCACCGCAGAGCAGGCCGCUCUGUUUCUUGAUGCAGCCAUCGCCGCACGUAGCACCAGCCAGCCAGAUGCAGACGAAGAAGACCGGCGCAAUUCCCACAUGCUGUUCACCUUACAUAUCUACCAAUACCGCAUGGAGAAGAGUGGCAAGGGUGGAAUGUCUGGUGGUAGGAGUCGAUUGCAUCUGAUUGACCUGGGAAGCUGUGAGAAGGUGCUGAGUAAAAGCAGAGACGGAGGAGGAGGUCUGUGUCUAUCUCUCACUGCGUUGGGGAAUGUCAUACUGGCUCUGGCCAAUGGAGCCAAGCACGUUCCAUAUAAGGAUAGCAAGCUCACAAUGUUACUGCGUGACUCCCUGGGGAAUAUCAACUGUAGGACAACCAUGAUUGCCCACAUAUCAGACUCUCCUGCCAAUUAUGCAGAGUCUCUCACCACCAUUCAGUUGGCCUCCCGUAUCCAUCGCAUGAGGAAAAAGAAAUCAAAGUAUGCAUCCAGUUCUUCUGGAGGAGAGAGUUCCUGUGAUGAGGGAAGGAUCCGUCGACCACCACAAAUACGGCCUUUCCAUCCCAGGACUGUGGCCCUUGACCCAGAUCUACCAUCAUUGCUUAGUGAUCCAGACUAUUCUUCAAGCAGUGAGCAAUCAUGCGACACUGUCAUUUAUGUUGGCCCUGGUGGCGCUGCCAUCUCUGAUAGAGAGCUCAGUGAUAACGAGGGUCCCCCAGCCUUUGUUCCUAUCAUCCCUUCUCUUAACCGCAAGCAAAGAGGAAAAGAUGGCCCAGUUGACCAAGAUCACUUCAAAUGCAACACCUUUGCUGAGCUUCAGGAGCGAUUAGAAUGCAUUGAUGGUAGUGAGGAACCUACAGCUUUUGUUGGAGAAUCUGGAGGAAAUUCUGCAAGCCCUAAAAUAGACUGUGGCACAACCAGAUUGAAAGAAGGCUCUAAUUCUAUUUCGGGUUCUCCAUUAUUAGCAACACAGGACAGCAUAACCACAAAGUCUAUUUCUGUCAUCAGUAAACUGCCCAGCAGUCCAAAACACACAUCCAAAUCAGAACAUUCCAAGUGGCAAAGUGCCACCACAUCAGACAAAGAUUUCAAAGAUAUGUCUGAGAGUAUGAUUAGGACAAGUGCAGAUGGCGAAAAGGUGCAAAUGUCAGAAAGUGGAGCCCUUUGCACCCUAGGAAAGCAAAGUAAAUCAACAGCAUCCCAAAACUCAGAGCCUGUGGUUAGGGAAAAGAUCUUUUUCCAUAAAAAACAGUUACCCAAGCCUGCUCCCCCACCACCACAACAAAGAGACUAUGUCAGUGUCAAUAGUGACACUGAAGAAAAGUCUGCCACAAGGAUACCACCAAUUGGGAUGAGCCAUCAAAAAAGAGGUGAUUCAAAUGAGAAUUCACCUGUCAGGGCACAUUAUCUUAACCCCAGGACUCCAGUUGAAGUAAGGUCUAAUCUUAGUGAGAGAUGCAUGGACAAGGACAUCUUGAGGACAACUGUGACCCUCCAACAGCCAGUGGAGUUGAAUGGUGAGGAUGAGCUUGUGUUUACUCUUGUGGAAGAGUUGUCUAUUGGCAGUAUUGUGGACAAUGGGAGGCCCUCAAGUAUAGUUAGCUUCAAUAGUGAUUGCUCAUUACAGGCGCUUGCCUCAGGAUCACGACCAGUAAGCAUAAUAAGCAGUAUCAAUGAUGAGUUUGAUGCCUAUACAUGCAGUAUUGGUUCCUCAGAGCCAAACAAUAAAAUGGUGGCACCACAGCAGGAGAAAGCCUUUGCUUCACUAGGGAGCCGUGGGUCUUCUAUCACCUCAUGGCUCAGCGAAGUAAGUGUCUGUACCCUGGAGAGUGAAGGUGCCCAAUCAGCAGACGUUUUUCUCCCUCAAGGUACUUAUACUGGCCCAGAGAGCAGUUUUUACCUUGAAUCUCUAAGCAUGUUCCAAAGCAGCCCAAAGAAGGAGCCCAAAAACUCUUUGAAAGAUAGUGGCUGUAGCUUCUCAGAGUUUGACAGUGACAGUGCUACAUCAAGCAAAUUCUCCCUUAGCAAGUGCCCAUCCUCUCCAGAGGCCAUGAAAGUACCUGCCAAAAGUUUACCAAAACUGUCAAAGGCAAAUACCAUUCAUUUAUCCGAUCCGCCAUCCAUGCGAGAGCCUCAAGUUGUCCAGUUUAAUCUUCCCAGGAAAUUAAAACCUACCUCAUCCAUAACCCAGAGUAACAGUAUCAGUGGAAGCAACACCAGUAGCAGUUGGAGACGUGAGACACCUAGGCAAGACUGCAUACCAGAUAAUCCAUGGCAUAGAAUAGAUAGCUCAUUGGAGUCUUCAAUAAACUCUAAUUCAGGUUCUUCAUCCAAACUGGUUAAAAAUGGAUUGAGCAGAAUUCCUGCAAGAAAAUCAGGCACGAACAGCAACAGUGUACCCCGAAUGCCCCCCAAAAUACUGGGGUCAAACCCAUCCCAAAGGGUAGUGGAUGGAUGUGAAAAAUCCAGCAACAACAGGAGGAUAGAGCCCCCCAGCAAAAUGCCACAGCUGAGACGAGGCGCAACAACACUUGGGACAGUUCCAGUCAUUCAUACAUCCAUUGAUGCCACAGUUUCUCAAGAUAUGAGUUCAUCAACAGGCAGUUUGAAGUUCUCAUCUUUAGGAAAAAGUGGAAAGACAAGUAAGCAGGAGCAGAGUACGUCAAAACCUGGCAAUAUAUCACCACCUCUACCUCCAGUUCGCAAAUCAAGUUUGGAUCAAAAAAAUCGAAUCCUUUUCCCCUCAAGUGCCUUAAAGUCUGCUCAUGAUGCAGAAACAUCUUUAGCACCAAGGGCUACAGGUUCAGAGGAUGAGAGUGAUCUUUGCUCUAGGGGUGACUCAAAUAGUUUAAGAGCAUCAAACGUAAAGUCAGACCAUAGUUUGAUAAAAGUGACCUCCAGUCUCAAGGCUAGAGGAGUUAGAGGUGAUAUAGGACAGCUUUAUGGAAGCCAUAUAUCUCUAGAUAGAUGUGACAGUUUGUCAUCUUUGGAAUCAAAACCUACCCUUAGUCGAGAGAACAGUGGAGCUAGUCUCAACAUCAAAUCAAGUAAGUCUGUCAGUAGAUUUGGCUCACCUGUUGUUACCUCUUCCCCAAUUUCUACCUCUCCACCUUCUUGUAUAAACCCAGUCACCACUGUAAAAAGUGGGCUUGUCAAAGGAAGCCUUAAUGCAAGACAAGUACCCGUUAAUGGAAACAAAGCUCGGACAUUAUCUGCAAGCAACUCCAAAGCCCUUAGCUCAUCCACCAAGUCUCUUGCUGCUCCCGUAACAAGGAAUGCCAACCUUCCACCUUCAGGAAAGACUGCAUUACCUCGAACAAUGGUUGGAGGCAAUGGUAAAUCCACAAGAGGAACUAUUAUGGGUACCAAGCAAGCAAUGCGGGCAGCAAACAGUCGUGUUAGUGAAUUAGCAAUGGCCAAUCCUUCUGGAAAACACCCAAUGGGGUCAGGUGAUUCAGACAGUGGCAAUGACAGUGGAGUCAACGUCAAUGAUGACAAGCCUACCCCUAUCCCCAUUCUCCCUUCACCGUAUAGUAAGAUCACAGCCCCCAGGAGACCACAGCGCUACAGUAGUGGGCAUGGAAGUGAUAAUAGUAGCGUCCUAAGUGGGGAGUUACCUCCUGCCAUGGGGCGAACUGCACUCUUCAACCACAGUGGAGGAAGUAGUGGUUAUGAGAGCAUGAUCCGUGACAGUGAGGCAACUGGCAGUGCCUCUUCAGCCCAUGACUCCAUGAGUGAGAGUGGGAUGUCCUCUUCUGGUCGCACAAGGAUCUCCAAAUCGCCCAAGAAGAGAUCAAAUGGCCUCCAGAGGCGGCGUCUCAUCCCGGCUCCCUUGCCAGACACCUCAUCCAUGGGUAAGGCUGGGACCACAGGCCAGUGGGUUGACCUUCCCCCUAUUUCUGGACCACUGAAAGAGCCUUUUGAGAUCAAGGUGUAUGAGAUUGAUGAUGUGGAGCGGCUUCAGCGCCGAAAACAAGAGAAGACAGAGGAGGGCCUGAUGUUUUUGAACACUAAAUUGAAGGUUCUUGAGAAACGACAACAACAGGUAAAAAAUCUCAGAGCCAAACAUAAGACUCUGAAAGAUGAGCUGGAGGACACCAAGUCUAGACUAAUGAUGGACCCCAGCAAGUGGAUAGGAGAGUUUGAGGUGGAACAGGAUAUGGAUCAGGAGUCGCAGGAGUACCUUGAGGCGUUAGAGCAGGCGACGACUGAACUGGAAUACUGUGUCAACCUAUGCAAGUCCCGCGUCAUGAUGGUCACCUGCUUCGAUAUCCGUGUAGCAUCUGAUGUGCAGGAAGGUUCGCGAGAGGUGGAGGUAUAAGAGCAGGAUGUGGAUAUUGAUAUACUGCAGAAAGAGAUGGAUGGAUGGAGAAAGUAAGACAGAACCCUGGAUGUCUGAACGGAAGGAUAAUGAAAUGUAGCAGCCAGUCCGGCGAUUCUGAGAAAACAAAAAUGAAACAAAGGAAGAUCGUAAUAAUAGGACAGAACACUGAAUUCUGCAUGAAGAAGGAACUUGUUAUCUUCUGUAAAAGAGAAAAUAGCUCUGGUAAUAUGCAGUGCCUCAUAACAAACAUAUUGUAUAGACUUACUCAAAUGGAAAGCAAACAAGCUUUAGUGCGUUUGACACCUUUCCUGACCUGAGGAAAGAGAAAAAACUAUUCUCAUUUACCGAAGAGUUAUUCCACCACACCACAAAGUGCCUUUAUCAAAUGACUGUUUAGUAGAUUGUUUGUCAAUCAUUAUUUGUUCUACUGGUGCUAGUUUUAAGACCAGCAUACCCAAGCAGAACCACUUUUUUUUUUUUUUUUUUUUGACAUUUAUUUUAUUGCAUUGUAUAGUGUAUUUAUAUGAUCAUGCAGUGUGUAAAAUAUAAUGUUGGGUGCGGAAGGAGAGCAAUAAGCUGAUUUUCCUCACUUUGCCUCCUAAACUAUCACCUCUGUCAGCAUAUUGUUAUUAAACCUUUUGAGCCUUAUGUUCUAUUUCUUGUUAGCGUAUGAGUGAAUUUUUUACAUUUUGCAAAUCAAAUAUAUCUUUUUUUUUUUUUUUUAAGGAACACAAUUAAAAUGUCACUGAAGAAUUUUCAGUCUUAUGUGAUGCAAGCCAGUUUUCCUAAAAAAAAUAUUUGCCCAAUCUGAUUUGGUUACCUUGAGUAUUCAAAGCUGGACUGAAUAUUUAUGCAUAUCCACCUUUAAAGGUGAAGUGUGUAAAAUACAGACAAAAAAUGUUAAAAUACGUAUUUUUUUUUAUUACUUAAUAUGCAUAGACAACUGUAAAUGAUCCAUUACAAAAAGUGUAAACGCUAUGGCAACUGUAAAAAUUUGCUCUGUUUGUUUGAGCAUCCGAUUCCCAACCAGGGGUGCAUUUCCCAUACAACAGUACAAUGCAUUGUUGGAGAAAUUAAAUAGCUAGUCACGAUUGUUUCCAGAAACCGUAUUAAUUAUGUCGCACUUACAUUGUUUGAACCACAAUGUGGAGCUGUCAUUAAUGACGUUAUGCAGGGGGUGGCGUAAUAACUUCUGCGGAUAUCAAAUUAUAAUAGCUCAUUUACAUAUACACCAGAAAGCUGUUUAAUGCGCGAAAGGAGACUUGUGUCUCUGCAGAACAAAAAUGGGCGUUUUCCAAUCAGUGGACAUUUUCAAACUGGGAUGGGCAUUUUUUCAACCGCUAUACGAUUUGUCUACUAGAUUGAGAUUCUCAACUUUCAUUGAAAAUUUGACAAAUGCCCAUCCUGGUUUGGAAACACCUACUGAUUACUACAUUGAGAUUUCCUACUUUCAUUGGAUAGUUGAAAAACUCCCAUCCUGGUUUGAAAAUGCCCACAGAUUGGGAAAUGCCUGUUAUUGUUCCGCAGAGACCUAUACUUCCUUGAAAGCUGCUGUAGACAUGAAAGCGGCAUCUGCACUGUGUAAUGCGACAGAUAAUUGCGCUGCAAUAGUGGGGUAUCCCUCUACCCCAGACUUCGGGAUCCCCCAACACACUUGAGCAUUUUACACUCUUAAAAAACUACUUAAGCGUUAACAUAAGCCUUGUUCUCCAACAGGUACCAUGAGUGAUAAAGGGCUUUCUCUUCACAACCUUUAAUACCUGAAAUGGCUGCAUUCACGUUUCAGAACACCACUUUCUCCAAAAUCCUGGAAUAAGCCAUUUUCCAAGUCUUGACAGAAUGAAAGAUAUAUAUGAAAUAAAGAUAUAGGAGCCUUUGCAAAGUCAAAUCAUGUCUUCACAUUAAACUAACAAGGAACUGUGCUUCUAACUACAGGUGUAGAGUUGUAUUUCCAACCACACAACUUUGCGAUGCUGUUUGCAAAUGUUCAUUGGAACUACAGUUUUGGUAAAAAACAAAUUGUUGAACUAAGUUGGUAACAAUGGAACUGUGACCAUAGAUGGCUAACAAUGCUUUUGGGAAAUGCACCCCAGUCAGACAUAGCACCAUUAGCUCAACCAAUAGAUUGAGGUGGGACUAUCUGUUUGCUUGACCAGUGGAAGUUGGUGGGAGUUUUCUGGAAACCUGUUAAAUAGUCAUUGUUUUUGCAAGUCAACUUUGUUACACUAAAUUACACACUUCACCUUUAACGUUGAAUUUUCUAGUAAAAACAACAGUUGCAGAAAAUCUUGUGGGGUGAAUUGAGUUGGUACUAGAUUUGCCUAUAAGGUGCUUAGCCACCUCGAAUGUGAAUGUAAAUUCGAACAUUUUAAUUAAAAACACUCAAUACUGGUCCUCAGCAGAUAAAUAAAUUGACAUUGUGCAUCAGCUGAACAUCAUUGUCAUGCUUGCAAUGGAUGUGUCUUGUUGGAGAGGUGAUAUCUAUUAAAAUACAGAUUGAGCUGUUGUUCUUGUUCCUUUAAAUAGACAUUUUGGCAAAGAACAUUCAUCAGUGUAACCUGUCAUGUCUAGCACAGCCUCUCUCUGUGGACACAUUGUGAUCUGCAUUAAAGAGCUGGGGGCAUGAUUAAAGUGGGGUGAGGUGACAUUGUGCGGUACAAUAAAGAGUCAGUCCUCUCCAAAACAAUUCAGACAACAGCUUCAGUGACUUAGAAUGAACCUUAAAAUAUCUGAUGAGAUUUAACAUAUCGUGGCCCCUUCAAUGACAUAUUAAAUGCUAUUAAUAUCCUUUUGAAAAGACCAGUUUAGGCCAGCAUCAUCUUUCUGGUGAAGCUGGGUGACCAAGGAAGUCUUGCUGGUUAAGAUAAAUAAUAAGAUUGUUGGGGACACCAGCAUAUCAGCGUCCCAUGCUAAGACCCGCAUCCAAAACACAACAUGUACUGGUGACAUAUACUGGUCUUUUCAGCAGGGUAGAUACUUUAUAGUAAGGGGAGGUUCUUCUUGAAUGUCGACAAAAAAUAAUCUUACCUGACAUUUAGCCAUGUUCAACAUUAUUAAAUCCAUGAUGCAAUGCUUAAGCUGAUGACACGCUGCAGGUUUUUUAUGACAUACACUGUGGAUACAGAUCCAAGCCUUAGUCCUAUGCAUACAUGCAAUCACGGUCUUGAACAAACAACCUCAAAGUGCUAAGCUUUUAGCACAAAUGAUUGUCUUGAGAGCUAGCCUUCACUAGUUUCAGAAUUGUACGAUCAAUACCUUAUAGUGCUCCGUGAGUUAAUCUCAACUGCUGUAAAAGAACAUCUGCAAUUUUUUUGAUGUCAAACUUUUGCUGACAAAAGUGAUUCAAUGUUUUCACAUGUAGCUGCCAGAAUGGCUUUCAUGUUUCUUGUCUAGUGAAGUAAGGCUGUGAAUAACCUUUAGAUCUCAUAAAACAUUUGAGUUACUUUUUGUCAUUGACAGGAGAAAGAAAAAAACAAACAAACAAAAAAAAAAUAUUUACCUUUAUAAACAUACUCUCAGGCCCUUUUUCAAGAUGCUGCAUGAGGUUUGUAUUUUUAGUUUUUCAAAACUUUCUCAUUUUAUUAGAAUUUUGUAAUUAUUAUGCUGGCAUUCAUUAUACUUUAUGGACAUGGAUUUAACCGACACCAAACUGAAACUUGUUUUGAAAGCUGAUGAUGUAUGUUGAGUCAUAUUUCAAAUCAUAUUUUGUAAAAAAAAAAAAAUGUUUAAAGAAUUUUCUGACCCUCUGUAUAAAUGUAUAUUAUGGCAGCUUGGGAUACCAUUGUUUCUUCUUGUGAAUAAAA